AUGUCGGGAGAUGCUGAUUCUAGCAAAUCUACUUCGGGUUACUUGGUAACAUUUGCGGGUGGAGCUGUGGCAUGGCAGUCAAGGUUGCAAAAGUGUGUUGCACUAUCUACCACUGAGGCAGAGUUCAUUGCUGCAGUUGAAGCUUGUAAAGAGCUUUUGUGGAUGAAGAACUUCUGUGAAGAGAUCGGUUUCAAGCAAGAAAAGUAUGUGUUGCUUUGUGAUAGUCAAAGCGCUAUUUGUCUCGGGAAGAAUUCUACAUUUCAUUCGAAGUCAAAACACAUUCAGAGGAGGUAUCAUUGGAUACGUGAUGUGGUUGCUUCUAAGGAAAUGGAACUUGAGAAAGUUCAUACGGAUGAUAAUGGAGCUGAUAUGAUGACGAAGUCAUUACCGAGGGGGAAGCUUGAGACUUUACCCUUACAAAAGUCCGACCAUGCAAGACAAAGCUAUGAUUUUUACAAAGAAAGGUUUCAGCCCACAGAUGACUUGCCAUUCAGCUAUGAUGAGAUGAAUCCUAUUGCACUAGAGAUUUAUAAAGGAGAUAGGCUUUCGGUGUUGGAGCAAUGUCACAAAACAAGGAAGAUAUGCAUAUGGGUGAAGCAUUGGCUCAUGCUUACUUCUUGGACCAAAUUGGUGGUCGUGGACAUACCAGAGUUUCCGCUUAUAUAUCCACGUCUUACCCUCCUUUCUACAAAUUAUUAUUUCGACAAAAACAAUAGGCUUGUUAUAACUUGUAAUGAUACUGACAUGAAGGGUCUAUCUAUUAUCACAGUCAUCAACGACAAGGAAUUCCAAGUAAUUAAAGCUAAUGAAGGGGAAUGUCGUUUCCCUUUUUUAUGCAGCUACGUUCCUAGCGUAGUUAGGAUUCCAGGGUUUUCUAAGCAAGACACAAGUCGGAUUCGCUGGAGAAAACGUAGAUUCAACUAGUUUGGGUAUACAUAUAUUUGUUGUUUCGUGUGAUGAUUCUUUCUGCUUGGGCUAUUAAACUAUGCAUAGCAUAUAUCCUUUCUUUUUAUUUGAAAGUGUCAAAAACAAACCUAAAAUUGCCAAUUUAUUGUUAACCUACUCUAUACGUGGAAUAUGUGAUUUUGUUAACUUUACCUAAUCUGUUUUUCCCUAGAAACAAAAAAUAUUGGCUUAUUAACCUUGAUGCUUAAUUACACAAUCCAUUUCUUAGAAUUAUAAUUACUCUUUUUCCUUCAUAUUUUUCAAGUGCGCUCCUUAAUUUAGAUGCUUCUCAUAUUUUAGAAGUAACAAAUAGUGAAUGCUUUCACACUGGUUUAGGAUUAUUGACAAAUGAUAUGAAAGAGAUAUGAGGUUAGUCUUGAGAAACAAGGCUGGACUUGAGAAAGAGAUAAGAGGUUGGAUUUGAGAAACAAAGCUGAACUUGAGAAACAAGGCUAAGGAGCUGGAUUUUCAGGAACAUAGUGGAGCUGGGCGAAUUUAAACUCACAAGAAGCACCUAACAGUUGGAGAGUAAGGAGACAAGUUGGGUGAAUUAUUUAUAAUAUUAGUCACAUGAUCUACUUAAGGAUGGAAGAAGAAAAGGAAGGCUCCAAGACCGUUGAGGACUUGUCACUAUCCAUCGAUCAAAUUUCUAUUCUUUAUUCUUUUCUUAGUUUAUGAGUUUCAUAUUUUAUUCAUUGUUGUAGCAAGGCAUCUUGCCUUUAAAUCUCUGUAACAUGUUGCACAUUAUGG